AUGUCUAACCUACUGAGAAAUGAAGUAUUACGUGAAAUAAAAUAUGUCCAGUCUGUGGGUGCUAAAAUUUUCCUUUGUCCUUUUAUUGGCAGGACAAAAUCACAAAUGAUUGGCUUUUAUAUUAUGCGCGUACUAAUGCAAUGCACGAUCAUACAACUUUUUGUUACUCUCAUAACUGAUGGCAGCAAAGAUUGGCUUGAAAUCGUCAACGUUGCUCCAAAUCUUGGUGUAAUUAUAAUGGCCUACAUAAAGUAUACAACUGUUGAUGCAUAUAAAAAGAUAUAUGAAGAAGUAUUUCACCAUUUUAGAGAAGACUUUUGGGACAUCGUAGAAGCACAAAAUGAAGGACAUCAGAAAAUUCUUAAAAAAUACAAAUGGGUAGUGACUGCAAUCAAUCGCUUCUUAGUUUUCUACUCUAUUCCUUUAAUCCUAAUGGUCGAUUCUAUUCCAUACUUCUUCAUGAAGUAUGAAAAAAGAGUUCAUGGUGAUGAAUUGUUUUUAUAUCCUUACGAUGCAUGGUAUCCAUUCGAUAAAUUAAAGUGGUACGCCGUUGCAUAUAUUUGGGAAAGUUUUAUGACAGCAACUGUUGUUGCUGUUUUUGGUAUAACGGACGUAAUACACGCAUCUUAUGUCGGAUUUACUUGUAUGGAAUUAAAAUUGCUUGGAAACUGCUUGGAAGAAAUCAUAAGUCCUGAUGACGUUGCAAACCUAUGUGACGAGCGUAACUCUAACGAAAUUCACCGAAAUGUUGUAAGAAAAUUGAAAAUUAUUAUAGCAAAGCAUAACUUCUUAGCCAAAAUAUCAUCUGAGCUCGACAUAAUUCUGGGUGAUGCAAUGCUUUUUAACUAUUUCAUAGGAUCAAUAUUUAUUUGUUUAACAGCUUUUACUUUCACGGUUGUCGAUGUCAGCUACAAACGGAUGCGUUACUUUCUUAUGUUUAUGUCGUUUAUCAUCGAAAUUUUUAAUCAGUGUCUUCUUGGACAAGUUUUGACUGAUCAUAGCAAAUAUAUAACGAAAGCAAUAUACUUCAGUGACUGGCCAUACGCCAGUCCCGAAGCGAAGAAGCUAAUGCUGAUGUUUAUAAUGUGGACUCAAAAACCAUUCGAGUUGACCGGGAAAGGAUAUAUUGUAAUGAAUAUGAACAGCUAUAGUAGCAUUUGUAGUACAUCGUAUCAAUGUUACAACUUACUGCGUACAGUUUUUCAAUAAAUCAAUAUUGAUUCAAUUAUUUAUUAGUGCACAAAAUAUUAUCUUUAUAAUGUUAAUUAUUGCUAGAGAACAUUUAAGGCUCAUCACAAAAUGUGCAUACGUAUUGCACUUAUUGUAAAAUUGUAGUUUUUAUGGUA